AAUUUGUUGUAGCUGCGAAGACAACACGAGUGGUGUGAUGUUACAAGUAAUCAAAACAUGAGUUCUAAUUGUUAUAUGGAAUAGUUACUUACAUCCAGAAUGUUUCGCUCUCCUGAUCCAUUUAAAGGACAGAAAUAUGAGUCUAUAAAGAAGGAUUGUAUAAAGAGGGGACAGCCAUUUGUAGAUCCAGAGUUUCAACCCAACAACAAGUCAUUAUUUUACAGUAAAGUGGACAGUGACAUUGAAUGGAAAAGACCUGGUGAGCUGUGUAAAGUGCCCCGCCUGGUGGUGGAAGGUGUCACUACAGAUGACUUGAACCAAGGAGAGUUAGGCAACGUGUGGUUUGUCACAGCAUGCACGAGUCUAGCACAUCUUCCCAAACUUUGGCAAAAGGUGGUCCCUAACCACAAGGAACAGGACUGGGGCCCAGAAAGCGAGUAUGCUGGAAUAUUCCACUUUCAUUUCUGGCGGUAUGGUUGUUGGGUGGAUGUGGUAGUGGAUGAUUUACUGCCCACAAAGAAUGGAAAGCUGGUGUUCUGUCAUUCUAAAAACAAGAAUGAAUUUUGGAGUGCUUUGCUGGAAAAGGCAUAUGCAAAGCUCUAUGGUGACUAUGAGACACUAAAGACAGGGUACCCUGCAGAUGCCCUGGUGGACUUCACUGGGGGCGUGGCAGAGAAACUGGACCUUAUGCAAUAUGGAGUUAGGCAGAAUGAGGAUGACAAAAUGGAGUUCUUUGAAGAGCUGUUGGAUGCCAGUGAAAAUAGUUCUCUGAUUAUUGCUACAAUUUCUUGCCCAGAAACUGAUGUGGGGCAGUCAGGAAGACAGGGUCUAAUGAAGGGGUAUGGUUAUGGCGUCACUGCUGUUAAAAAGAUAAGUGUUAACAAGGGUCUCCAGGCAGCCACAGGGUCAGGCACCUUGCUCAUGCUUCGGCUCAACAACCCCUGGGGGACCCAGGAGUGGACAGGUGCUUGGUCUGACCAAUCUGAAGAAUGGAAAAAUUUGUCAGAGGCAGAAAAGAAGAAGUUAGGGCUAACAUUUCAAAAUGAAGGAGAGUUUUGGAUGCGUCUGGAUGACUUUAUCCAGUACUUUGAAAAUGUGGACAUGUGUCAUUUUGUCAACACGUCUUUCUUCUCCCUGAAGAAGACCUGGUAUGAGUCACUCAUGCCUGGAGAAUGGACCCAAGGAGCAAGAGGGUCUCCUCAGAACAGAAGUGGUGGAGCAUUCCACAAUAAAGAUUCAUUCCUGAAUAACCCUCAGUUUGUAUUUGACAUCAAAGAGGAUACAGAUACUGCUAUGAUUUCAUUGGAACAAGAUGACAAAAGAGCUGAUAAGAAGAUAGGGGGAGAGCAUCUACAGAUUGGGUUUCAUAUUAUGAAGGUUGAAGAGAACAGGAAAUAUAGGGUUCACAUCCCUGGAGAAAAAUGUGCCGAGACAGAUUUCAAGCAAUCCAGAAACAUUUAUGGAAAAUACGUUCUGAGGCGUGGACGUUAUGUGAUUAUCCCCUCAACUUAUAAUCCCGGUUCUGUAGGGAAAUUCUUACUGAGAUUAUACACAGGGGCCAACUCCAGCUCCAAUAUCAGAGAGCUGACAAAGGAAGGGCCAGAAAGAAGCUGCUGUAUCUGUAUAAAACAGCCUCAGAUAGUGCUCACCAUCACCAUCAUAAAGGCACGUGACCUGGAGAAAAGGGAUAAAGAUAAAAGUCCAGGAGAGCCAAAUCCGUAUGUGGAGAUAAAAUGUGAGGGAGAAACUGUGAAGGCACCGAUAAAGAAGAAUACAGCUGUGCCAGAGUGGGGAACAAUGGCAACUUUUUAUCUCAAGAAACCAGAACAACCAAUCAUUGUUGAUGUUUUCAACCACAAAACCUUGCUUGAUGAGUUUAUAGGGCAGGCCACCAUUCCUGACCUGGGCACUAUGGAAGGGGAGGAAAAAGAAUACGAUCUCUUUGGAAAGAGCAAGAAGGAAAAGAAAGAGGGAACAAAAUAUCCUGGCUCGCUUAGAGUUAGGCUACAGUCCAGCUAUGACUUGACUGACCUGUGAUAUACUGGUAUUAUAUAUAGUAUUGGUACGCCUUUGGUCCAUUACCUAAAAUUAUUCAGUUGUAAGAGGCCAUUUAUACCAAUAAUCUUUCACAUUUUAGGAAAUGUUACUGCAGUUACAUUAAAUACAAUAUUCUACAUGUAAGUGUGUCAGAUAUUACAAUGAUAGAAUUUACACAUAUUGGCAUCCUUCAUGUAUUUAUACCUUUCAAAAGUGAAUUCAGUCCAUUUACAACCUACCCACUGUGAUAUUACCUAUAUUUACAGUGAAUUAUUUACGAUUAUUAACAGUUUUAAAUCAUAACACUUACAUUUCACACAGACAUAAGAGUAAAAGAAUAAGAUUACAACAGGUAAGUUUUAAUUAUAAGCUUUAACAUCAAGCAAUGGACUAAUUGAUGGUCCAGUAUUUGUUAUUAAAUCAAAAAGAGAUUUUUUUUACUAAACAGGGAUGCGCUGUGUGUUUUUAUAUAUCAACAAAUCAUAUACUGGAGAAAGUAUGUAAUCAAAUGACAAUGAUAUUGCUGUGAUGCCUAAAUAGAUGUAUGCUGAAUAGUUUGUCCUGUUAGAUGUAGUAGGGCGCUACUCUAAGUGCUUUUUAUAUCCUUGUGCCAUUGUGACGGUGCAAGAACUGUUAAACUUUGCCGUACUCAUUGAUGAUUUUAUCUGAACCUUUGAGGUGUGAAGGUUGGUAUACAAACAGUAUUGACCCAUCAACUCCGAGCCAAUAUUUUACGGGCCACCAUAGGGCCAUGUGAGGAACCAGCAUGUACUGAUCUCUCAACUCUGCAGGCUGAUCGCAGCCUCAGUGUCUGUUUGGCCAGCUUUGAACUGAACAUUGCAUUUUCAGAAUUAAGGUCUGCUUUUAUCUCUAAACUUUGACUUAUCAUUGGGUUGUGAAGGUACCCAGCAGGCCAACACCAAACAGUAAGUUGUAUCCGUCCGUCCACAGCACAGGCUUGACCAAAUAUGGACUAAUUGAUGGUCCAGUAUUUGCCUAAAUGCAGAGUAGGAGGAGCCCAAAAUAUGUAAUGCUGGAAUUCCAAAUACACAUUUUUUUCCAUAUUUAUACGGAUAUUUAUUGUUGGUAGUCACUUAUAAUUAGAGGUAUAUUUUUGUGAUGUCAGAUUGUAUGUAUGAAAUGAUGAAACUAAUACAUGGAGUAUUCUCUGCCAUGUUUUAAAACAAAUUUACAGAGUAUAAGCAACUUAUAUGUGUAUACACCUUUAUUGGUGAGGAUACUGUACGUUUUAAGUGUUUACGUUCUUGUGAAAUGUGAUAAGUACCAAAGUGAAACUAUUUAUAUGUGUGUGUGCAAGUCUGCUUAUCAUGCUUCUAUUUUCUGUUAUUUACAAUUUAUUACUCACCCAUUUUUCAGGUGAUAUCAUUUUCUCUCGUCCAAGUUAGACGUAAUAUAACUGUACAUUUUAACUGUAUUUGAAUGUAAAGCGUUUCAACAUCAAAAGGUUCUUUCAACAUUUGGUUGUUAGAUUUGUGUGAAGACAGUUGCUGGCAACUUUUCUGUACAAACAUUCCUUUU